AUGAAGCUACCACUUGCAUACAUCUCCUCUCGAAGUACACCAAAUGGCGGGUUGGAUAGAAUGGACACCGUUAGGAUUGUGUCAUGGACCGCUCUUGUCAUCACAGUCAUCGUCUUUGGCGCACGCCAGAUCAUGAAAGUCAUCGUUUUUCGCACAGUCACGAUUGAUGACCUUUUCAUAUUCCUAGCAUUCUCAUUCGGUAUCGGCCUCUCAGCAACAGCUGUCGUUCUAUCAUUCGAGGGCCUCGGCACCGCCGGCCCUUUGAUGCUCGAUCAGAUCGACCUGCUCAUCAAAGGCUAUUACGCGUCCGAGAUUUUGUAUGUCGCAGCUAUUGGCCUCGCGAAAUUGUCAAUUUUGGUUUUGUUCUACAAUGUCGUUGCAAUGCAGCGUACCAUCCGCCGAAUCGUCAUGGCCUUUGGUGUUCUGGUGUCAGCUUGGACAAUAGCAUCGGUUAUGGCGACCGCAUUCCAGUGCGAGCUCCCUCGACCAUGGGACAUCACAAGUCUGAAAUGCUCUAACAUGCAUAUUUUCUGGAUCAUCUAUUGCAUAUUCGACAUGUCAACCGAGGUCGCCAUCAUCAUGCUAUCAGUAUACCUUGUGGCAUAUCUUCAAGUACGACUUUCAAGGAAGUUUGCCGUCUUCGCAUGCUUUGCGCCACGCAUGCUUGUACUGAGUGCGGCGCUCGUUCGCCUCAUCCUGCUGUAUCCGGUCGCAUCCUACGACGAUCCUCGAUACCGGCUUUGGGAACCGGCAAUCAUGUCGCAAGUUCAUGUGUGCCUCAGCAUCGCUACUGCAAGCAUUCCGUACAUGGUUCCUUUCUUCAAAGGCCUGGACAGUGACUUGCGAAAGAGUCACCUCGCGAAGAACCGGCUUCGCUUCAUCGAUGAGGAAGCGGGACGAUCAAAGUCAUCGCUGUGGUUUCGCCGACAUAGCAAGACGAAAUCCCUAGAUCUUUGGGAUUCUUCUGCAGACGCAGGUGUCCAAUACCAUCAUCUAUCGCAAGUCUCGCCUUAUCCUUCCACCUCAAGACCUCUGUCGCCCUUACCACCUCCGAGACCACAUACGCCGCUGGGUAGACAAGCCAGCGUACGCGGCCUGAAUAUUUAUAUACCAUGUCGGGAUCCUCAACGGCAACGAAGUUUGGAUUGG